AUGAAUGAGUUGGAAGCCAAACUCUUGAAGCGGCGGAGUGUUGUGGAGGAGUGUGGAGCAAAUUACGAGAGCGUACCAAGCAUUCGCAAAGAGGCUGACGAGGCUACAGCUGUGAGUGCAGCAGCAACACCUCUGAAAACGUGUGGUGCAGUGUUCAAGCGCACUCCGAGUUCGGGAGGUGGCGACUUUCAGGCCGCGAUCGAUCGGCGGCGAGCCACAGUCGAUGGUGAUGGCCAGACGUUCGAGAGCACGCCCACCACAAAGAUGGCUGAUGUGACCAGUUCUGCAUCGACACCGACUGGCGCCAGCCCUGCAGGCAUCAGACCUAGCUGCGGGGCGGUCGACUUCAAAAAGCGGAUUGACCAGCAGCGCGCUAGCGUGGACGGAGGUGCUGAGACCUUUGAGAGCAGGCCAACGGAGCACAGUGCCGAUGCGGGAUUGGCGGUGCCCAGUCCCAGCAAAAGCUCCGGCCAGGUUUUCGAAAGCACGCCGGAGAAGACGACGGCGGAUUGCGUCUCCAGCAUUCGCAGUGCCAUGCAGCUGCCUGCGGCGCCAGAGCUGCAGCUGCCAGCAUCUACGGUCCAAGAGCUGGAGGAGCAGCAGGAAGAGGAUGAGGUUGGUGAUGAGGACGAGAUGGACUCUUGCCCAAGUCCGACUCAUUCCACUCAGGCGAAGGAGCCCAAGACAACUCUGUCCGCUUCAGACCGCCGUGUUUUGUGGCUGGUGGGCUUGGUCCACCCGCUACAAGACGCCUUUGAAAGCGACCAAUUUGCAGUGGCUGGCUGCAGUCCCGUAAGUCUUCGCCUGCGUGCGGACGGCCAUAAGUGCCACCUCGAGCUCAAAGGGCCUGAGGAUGCCUUUGGCUCUUACGAGGUAAAGCUUUUCGUUGGAAAAGGUUGGAAGAAAAAGGCUUUCAG